AGCGAACCAAUGAGAAUCGUCAACAAGCUGCAGUGCGCACUUCCAUUCAUUCGUUAAAUUAUUAAUGCGCUGCUAAAUAAUUUUUGUUUUUAAAAUAUACUUCAAAAUGUCUAACGGGGUACAAAUUCUAAAUAAUAAUCAAUCACAAAUAAAAAAAGGAUCUCAGUCUUCUAGACGUCAAGGAAAAAAUAUGGAUCAAAAAAAUAAUUCAGGGGUGAAAAGACCCGGAGAUCCGAUUAUCGAAGGCGCGCCGAUACCAAAGAAACGUCACAAAAAUCCUCAGCCCAAGAAUGCAGUCUGUGCAUUGAAUGAACUGAAAACCGGUGCUGUGUACAAAGUCGUGUCACAAACAGGACCAACUCACGCUCCGAUAUUCACAAUAGCCGUGCAAAUAGACGGUCAAUUGUACGAGGGUAAAGGUCGUACUAAAAAAAUGGCAAAACAUGCGGCCGCCGAAUUAGCAUUGCGCAAUAUCGUGCAGUUUCGUAAUACACCAGAAAUUCAUCAGGCGAUUGGAUGUCAGGCAUUGACUACCGUCGAGCCGGAUUUCACAUCCGACGUCACGGAAAAAGACAAUCAUCUUGUUAACGCGUUCAAGCCCUUACUGCAGGAACCAAAAAAUCCCUCAAAGUUUAUUGACAAAGGUCCUGUCGCUCUUAUCAAUGAACUGUAUCCUGGUGUAAUUUAUAACUGUGUAUCAGACAAUGGUGAGAGUUAUGCUAAAUUUACAAUCGCUGUGACCAUCGACGGUGAAACCUUCGAAGGCACUGGACCAAGUAAGAAGUUAGCGAAAGCUGCUGCUAGCAAAGCGGCGUUAGCUAAACUACGUAAUGUGCACAGUUCGACUUUUUGCAUACCACUGCCUGUACGUGUGCUACCAAAUUUUUCAAACUUUUCGUCAACCCAUGAGUCGAUGAGUUUACCGCAAAUGCUCGCUGAUAAAAUUGGGAAGAUGGUUAACUCGAAAUUUACUGAGUUGAUGCAAAAUAAACCCCAGCACGCGAGACGUAAAGUAUUGGCUGGUAUUGUACAGACAAAGGGCACUGAUGCUGAAUUAAUUUGUGUAACUACAGGGACAAAAUGUAUUUCUGGCGAACAUUUAAGUGUGACAGGGGGCGCAUUAAAUGAUUGCCAUGCAGAGGUUGUAGCACGUCGUUGUUUAUGUGAAUAUUUAUAUCAACAAUUAAAAUUACAUACAGACAAUCGUGGUGACGAAUCAAUAUUAGAAGAAAAAAAUAAAAAAGGUUUUAAAUUAAAACCUGGUAUACAAUUUCACUUGUAUAUAAAUACCGCGCCCUGUGGUGACGCCAGAAUAUUUUCACCACAUGAAGAAAAUGAAUCUGUUGACAAACAUCCUAACAGACGAGCACGUGGGCAAUUGAGAACUAAAAUUGAAUCUGGCGAAGGCACUAUUCCUGUUAAAAGUAGUGAAGGAAUCCAAACUUGGGACGGCGUACUUAUGGGACAAAGACUGCUGACGAUGUCGUGUUCGGAUAAAAUAGCUCGAUGGAACGUACUAGGUGUGCAAGGUGCAUUACUCAGCCACUUCAUCGAGCCUAUUUACUUCCACAGCAUCGUUCUCGGCAGCCUAUUAAAUCCUAGUCAUAUGUAUCGCGCGGUGUGCGGCAGAAUUGAAAAUACAAUUCAAGGAUUGCCGCCACCAUAUCGAUUAAAUAAACCACUUAUGAGUUUAAUUACGUCUUCCGAAGUUAGACAGCCGGGUAAGGCGCCUAAUUACAGUGUCAAUUGGACUACAGGACAAAGUGAAGCUGAAGUAAUUAAUUGUACGACAGGAAAAGACGAGUUGGGUAAACCGUCAAGAAUUUCAAAGCAGGGUUUGUUCCGUAUGUUUUUUAAUUUAUUGGGAAAGAUCAGUACAAUUGAUGACGUUGAUCGUGAUGUAUGUCAUCAAUAUUAUGACGCUAAAUCUACGGUUCAAGAUUACUCGCACGCAAAACGUCAAUUAAAGGAAGCAUUCGUGCGCGCGCAAUUAGGAAAUUGGGUAAAGAAACCAAUUGAGCAGGACAUGUUCGAAGUUGAUAUCUGACUGAUUAACAAUGACAAUAGUGAUAAUAUCAGCAGCAAUAAUAAUAACAACAAUAAUGAUGACAACAAUGGUAACAACGUUAACCUAUCAGCGUUUAAUCAUACAGGUGAUGAUAUUGAUAUUAAUAAUGAAAGGCCUCAUAAAUAUUAUCAGUAUCAGUAUUUAGCUCAUAGUGCAAACUAGAUCGCACGUUCGGCGUGUCACGGCACGGCAGAGUUUGGCAUUAGUAAAGCAUUAAUCAUAGGAACUUGCACUUAAUUAAUUAAUUAAUAAUUGAAAGUUUAUCAUUUUCGUUUAUUAUUUUUAGGCAAAUUUAUGUUUUUUUUCUUUAAUUAUCUUACAUACUCACUAUGUAAAUUGAUCUACUAAAUUAAUCGUUUCGAUCAGUAGUUUGUAGGCUUUGUAUCAAUUUUUUUUUUUUUAAUAUUUAAAAAAAAAAAUUAUUUUCAAUUGAGUUUCAAAAAAAUUUUUUUUUUUUUAUAUUUCGUCUUGAAUUUAAUCUACAAAAAUUUGCUGAGUGAUUAAUCGAACAAAUUUAAAUAAAACAAAAAAAUAGUAAUUAAAAACUCGAACAAUUUUUUUUUUUAAUUAAAAAAAAGUUGACAAUUUUAUUGAAAUAGAAGGCAGUAAAAAAAUUAUAGCGGCCUUAGACUUGCAUUGAACUCUUGUUUAUUAAUCAUUAUAACUUAGGAUUUAAAUUUAAAAAAAAAACUAGAACUGUUCCUUAAUAUAAAAUUCGCGUAUUAAUUAUAAUAUUAACAUAUCGUAUGUUCAAUAUGUAUCGAUACAUAUAAAUCUAUAAAUAUACACUAUCAAUUAAUUAGAUAAUUGAAAAUGAAUAGUCCGGAUUUAAAUAACCGGGAAUAGAAAAAAAAACUUUUUUAGUAAUCGAAGUGUAAAAAAAUAAUAGAUAUUAAAAUUUUAA